UAAAUAGCAUAGGACUGACAUUUUUUCAGUAGGAAGUUACACAGAAUUUAGUACUUACUUGAAAUACAAAGCCAAGUCAGUUGCUAUUAUUGCAACUUCAAAUAAGUGUAGAACGGUUUCAAACUGGCGCUUAUUUAGGUUCUGGAAGAUGUUUAAACUCUGCAAGAUGGAAAGUUUACGAAUUCAAUUCCUCUUAUAAAACUGUCUUUGCUUUGUACUCUAUAGGCUGCCCGAUAGGACAGUAUACCAAAACUGUAUGUAUGGUCGACUAUACGCUCUAAAUCAAAAUAACACAAGAAAUGAAAAGUUUUUCAGAGGUGGCCCUCAUUCAAAAGUAGUUUUUAAGCUUUUAAAUACUGUUAUUUAUCUGUCAGUUAGAGCUGCAGAAAUGUCUGAGACUGAGAUACAAAUAUGCACAUCCUGGUGUAUAUUUUUCACAACCAUGUCAUAUAUACUAACCAAAUCUUUACCACCUUUUAAGAGGAAAGAUGGAAAAGUGAAAAAUGUUUUUGGAAGAAGAAAAGCGGGAUCAGCUGGCACAGAAGCUGGGAGAGAAAACUAGAAGGAGUCAGAUUGGGACUGCAUGGAAUCGUUAAGGUUGGAUGGGAUCUAAAUAAAUGGCUAAAUACUGUGUAGGGAGAUCCAAACUGCUGCCUCCAGAGGCUGCACAAAUAACUAAAUUCAUAUUGACUUGGACUGCUAUUGUUAUAUUUAAAUUAAAAUAAAAAAAAAUCACCUAUAUUCUAUAUAAUGCAUCAAGAAAUGGCUGCUUUGUCUUGUUUCUUUGCCAGUCACAUCCGUGGAUCUGAGAGUUUUUCUAGACCUCUUCUUCCUGUUAGCCUGGCUCUGCACAAUUGCCUGUGGUGUUACUCAGGCCCUGCUUCUGCAAAGUGCAGUGUCCUUUUUCCCAAGCAAAGGGAAUGGAAGCACCACACCCCGGUUUCCCUUCUUUUCUUAACUGAGGAGGAACAUGGGCAUUGUGGUCCCCCUGUUCAGCACCUUCAAAAUCCUGACAAUCAAAAAUCAAUGGUUGUUCCCCAUAUCUCACAACUGAAAAAGUGCACCAUCUCCAUCAAUAAAGGUAAUUUUUAUUAAUAUUAUUUUAAAGUAACAGAUCUGUUUUGUGGAUGUUUUUCUCAGACAUAGAAGUGAGUGCCUUCUAUAGUGCUUGCUGCAAACAAGUGGGAUGGAAGAUCCUCAAGAUUUCAGGUCUACACAGUUAUAUAUUUUCAUUAUUAUUUCCCUGAAAAAAAUAUAUAGUAAAUAGUUUUAAAUAGACUUUUUGCUUUUAGCUAGGGCAGAGCCAGGCACUGCUGAGGGAGGAACGGCUGUCCCAUGCAAGAGGUACAGGGCUCUGCAGGGCCGACAUUUUGUUGAGCCUGAGGGGAGCAACAUGGCGCCGCUGUUGCCCUGUGGAAAUGCCUGUGCCCACCCACAGAGUGGAGCAGAACUCUGAACUGUGGCAGCAAAAAAGGGGAAAACCACCUGAGGGUGGCAGAAGGGAAAGGAGAAAGCAUCUGCCUAUUUCAAGAGAGAUCUGCAGUAGGAACUGCCACAGAGCCAUGAUGCUGCCUGACCUGUUUUAAAGAGAUGGGGUGGGGGGAGGGCCUGGUCUGGGGGUGAGGACACCCUCCGUAAACAGGAGCUCCAUCCAUUUGUUCCUCCCUGCCAGAGCCAGCAACUAAACUCAGACCUAACACAGGUGCAGCUGUUUAAUUAUAGUACCUUGUGUUUUCUACUCCAACUUCAGCUGUUUGUGAGAGGCAUGUGAGUGAGGCCUACAGGACAAGCUGCUUUUCUCUAAAAGUGGACAGGACAGGAUGGCCUACACAAGAAGAUCUCUGCUGCUGCUGGCAUUGGCCUUUCUGGGCAGCAGCAUGGCAGAGAGGGACUGCCGUGUGAGCAGCUUCAAAGUCAAGGAGAACUUCGACAAGAACAGGUACAGUGGCACCUGGUACGCCAUGGCAAAAAAAGAUCCUGAGGGGCUGUUUCUGCAGGACAAUGUGGUUGCCCAGUUCACUGUAGAUGAGAAUGGACAGAUGAGUGCCACUGCAAAGGGCAGAGUCAGACUCUUCAAUAACUGGGAUGUCUGUGCUGAUAUGAUUGGCUCUUUCACUGAUACAGAGGAUCCUGCCAAGUUCAAGAUGAAGUACUGGGGUGUUGCCUCUUUUCUGCAGAAAGGAAAUGAUGAUCACUGGGUAGUGGACACAGAUUACGAUACAUAUGCUCUUCAUUAUUCCUGCCGUGAGCUAAAUGAAGAUGGCACUUGUGCUGAUAGCUAUUCCUUUGUGUUUUCCCGGGACCCCAAGGGAUUGCCUCCAGAGGCACAGAAAAUUGUUAGACAAAGGCAGAUAGACCUCUGCUUGGACAGAAAAUACAGAGUUAUCGUUCAUAAUGGAUUUUGCUCUUAAGGACAUCCAUAAGUAUGGAAGGAAACCAUGUAAUAGCACCAUGGAUGUAGAGUUAAUACAUUGAUCAGGUGCUCUUUUAAAAAGAUUUUUGAUGGCUUCAUUUAGAUUUAAAAUAUAUUUAUCUGAACUGCAUAGCUCAUUUUGUUAAUAAACCAAUAAAACGUUUUAAUAAACUUGGAUUACAGGGGAUGCAAAUUGUCUGUAUGCACAUCUGUACAUAUGUAGGCAUUGGUUUUAAUAACAAAUUGUUGCUAUAAUGCACUAUUUUAAAUUGCUGACAACAAUUAAGAAUUUAUUCUUUUUUGUUAUUGGGUUCA